UUCAUUUGAGAGAAUUUCGUGGUAAGAUAAAAUGAAAGUACAAUUUCAGAUUGCACAUCAGUGUUGUAAGAUACACACCAGAAAGGUGUUGGGUCUAUAUAAUAGAGAGAUGGCGAACAAAAAACAACUGUUUAAGUAUUUGCUGGUUUUGGAUUUUGAGGCUACUUGUGAUAACAAACACCAGCCUGUCCCACAGGAAAUCAUUGAGUUUCCAGUCAUCAAAAUAAACACAACUACUCUUGAAUCAGAGGCCAUUUUCCAUACAUAUGUUGAACCAGAUGUCAACCCCAAACUUUCUCCAUUCUGUACAGAGCUGACAGGAAUCAGGCAGUCUCAGAUUGAUGGUCAGCCUCAUCUCACCGAGGUUCUAGACAAGAUGUUCCCUGCAUGGAUGGAGCAACAUGGACUACUGGAUCCAGAGAACAGUAGUUUAUUUGUCACCUGUGGGGACUGGGACCUCAAGACAAUGUUACCAUCACAGUGUUCAUACCUAAAGAAACAACCGGCAGAUUAUUUCCAUAAAUGGUGCAACAUUAAAAAGGCUUUCUGUGAUGUCACCUCAAAAUAUCCUAGGGGUAUGAUGGAAAUGUUGACUGUGCUAGGAAUUCCCCACACAGGACGGCAUCACAGCGGAAUAGAUGAUUGUACAAACAUAGGGAACAUUGCAAAGGAGCUGAUAAGGAGAGGCCAUGUUUUCAAGCAGACAUACUACCGGCAUCCUUAACCUCUGACAGAGAACAAGAAAUUAACCUCUGAAGGAAUGGCUGAACGUGCUGGG